AUGUCAGUUACGCAAGAGCAACUUCGAGCUAUUGUCUUCUAUGAAUGGCGUGGCGGCAUUGGAGCAACGGCACCAGCCCGCAGCAUCAGCAGCAGAUUGGGCGAGGGCACCACUGCCAUCAGAAUUGUCAAGCGCUGGUUCGCAAACGGAGACACCGACUUCGAAGACAAGCCCCGGUCGGGACGGUCCCACAGUGUGGGUGUUGAAGACUCUGCCAUUCUCGACGCUGUCAAAAAGGAUCCGGUGAUCAACACCCGCAUUUUUGCGAUGAGACUCGGGUGUAGCCAUUUAACAGUCGUCAGGCCAUCGGCUACAGAAAAGUGCUGGCUCGAUGGAUCUCUCACACCUUGA